UUAGACAAAGUGAUACAUUUAUAUAUUGUGAACAUAGCACUAAGACUUAAAACUAGUUGCUUAUGUUGGUCAUACGGGGAUGACUCCACUUCAUUUCUUGUUCUUUUCCUUCUUGUUUUCUCUCAUUCUACUGAUUGUUACUGCUGGGAACCAUGAGAACUGUCCAAGCUCCUUUACUUGUGGAAAACUUGGGACUUUCCGGUACCCAUUCACCAUGGCAGAGCAUCCUGAGUGUGGGUUGUUACCCAUUCAAGGCUGCCUCCUCAAUGCUACUUCACCUAAAUUGAUCCAACUUGGCAACAAUAGCAAAAGCGUGAACCUUACUGCUGUAGUGGAGACCAAUAAGAUCAUUACAAUCUAUGAUGAUGGUUUCCACACAAGUUUGGAUCACAAUGAAUGUGAUACUUUGCACAAUAAUUACACCCUUCCUCCACCUUCUCCACUUUUGUCUAUGUAUAUUAAGUACAAUGUAACUCUCUUCAAAUGCAAUCACAACCCUAGUACCAAGCCCCCUUCCAAUUAUGUUAAUCUAGGAUGCCGCGCCCACUACGGCUAUGAAAUCUAUUAUGAUAGAGAAAAUACCCAUCCUGAUCAAGAGGCUGCCGGAGUUUUUUCCGGCUGCUCGGUUGUCCAGUUUGCUUCAAAAGACUCCACCAAUACCAAAGACGUUUUGUCCUUCGUUUCUGCUGAGAUGGUUCUUGAAAUAGUAUUAUCUCAUGACUGUGAUGACUGCUUCAAUCACAGAGGAGGCCUUUGUAGACUUGACAACAAUAACCACUUUUACUGCCACUUAGGUAACAUUAGCACCAUUAUUUAUAGCAUCUUUUUAGCUUUACUGAGUUAGUUUAGUUAAUUUGUAAAGUUCACUUCAUCUGCAGAGCCCAAGAGCAGUAAAGCCUUGAAGAUCGGACUCGGAAUAGGUUUAGGUGUUGGUGUCACCCUGCUAUGCAUUUUGAUCCUUGUCUACUUGUUUAGACGAAAACAUGCUCCUUCAGAUCUUCAAUACCAAUCAAGAAGCACACACAGUGACUUGAAUGAUCUCUCUAGAAAUCCAGACCCAGAAAGCGGAAGGGACUACUUUGGAGUCCCUCUCUUCUCUCACGAGGAGCUCAGUGAAGCUACAAAUAAUUUCCACCACUCCACCCAAGUUGGACAUGGAGGCUUUGGAACCGUUUACUAUGGAAAACUGCGAGAUGGACGGGAAGUUGCUGUGAAGCGCCUCUAUGAUCACAACUACAGGAAAAUGGAACAGUUUAUGAACGAAAUUGAGAUCCUUACUGGCAUGCGCCACAGAAACCUUGUGUCCCUCUAUGGUUGCACCUCACGCCACAGUCGAGAAUUAUUGCUUGUGUAUGAGUAUGUUUCAAAUGGAACUGUUGCUGCUCAUCUCCAUGGUGAUUUAGCAAGGAGUGAAACACUGCCAUGGAACAUAAGGAUGAAGAUUGCCAUUGAGACUGCAAGUUCAUUGUCAUAUCUCCAUGCCUCUGACAUCAUUCAUCGUGAUGUUAAAACCAAUAACAUUCUCCUUGACCACCAUUUUUGUGUUAAGGUUGCGGAUUUCGGCCUUUCAAGACUCUUCCCCAGUGAUGUAACCCAUGUCUCCACAGCACCACAAGGGACUCCAGGCUAUGUUGACCCUGAAUAUUACCGCUGCUACCAGCUUACUAGCAAGAGUGAUGUUUAUAGUUUUGGAGUGGUGCUUGUUGAGCUUAUAUCUUCUAAGCCUGCUGUUGAUAUGGAUAGGCAUAAGGAUGAGAUUAACUUGUCUGAUUUAGCCAUAAACAAGAUUCAAAAGAGUGCAUUUAGCGAGCUGGUAGAUCCUUCUCUUGGUUUUGAUUUGGAUAGUGAGGUAAAGAGGAUGAUAGUUUCCGUGGCAGAAUUGGCUUUUCAGUGUUUGCAACGGGAUAGGGCAUUGAGGCCUUCCAUGGAUGAGGUUUUAAGGGCGCUGAUCAUUAUUGAAAGUGGGAAGAUUAAGGAUGAAGCUGAAGAGGUAGAGGCACAUGUACAUACACCACCAUCCCCGGAUUUGAAUGAUGCUGCUGAAAGAAUAAAGUAGAUCCAAUGUCAGCGGUUAAUAUGAGUUACAGAGCCAUAGCUUGGGGAUAUGUAUCAUGCUGAUUGCUUGACUGCAUUGUUACAUAUUCUUGGUCCCGUACAUAACACUCACUUUGAUGCUUCA